AUGACAACCUUACCAUCACUAAGAAGUGUAUUGAGCUACAAUGCCGACCAAGAAGAUGCUCCCGAGGAAGGCGAGAUCAUCAACCCAUCAUCCAGUCCUGGUGUGAGGAAGCAGCCCACAGUGGUCGACCAUUACUAUGUCAGGCCGCACGAUCUCCCCCGAUACUUCUUCCGCAUUCAACAGGUUACAUCCAUCACCGAGUACGACCCCAACGCCGGGCUCAUCGCCAACAACCGGAAGAGCGACUUUAAAUUCGAUUUGGCAUGGCUUCGAGGGACGCUUGCAAAUGCUGCAAAUCCCACGCUCAGCAUCGACAGUCCUUAUGUGGCUCUUUUCCCCAAUCGGUUGCUGGCACUUAGCUGGGUUUCGUUGACCCUGCCAGAGGACUCGGUCUUCUACCUCAUAACUCUGGAUUCGAGGAAGCUUUGGAAUCGGAUCAUUUUCCGUCUCGGCGACUUUAUCGGAGGAUGGGAAAGCUACCCGCGGCAGCUCGAGUUGCAGAUGCACUUUGACCCUUACUUUGCGCUCCAUCGAGUGCCAAGAGAUGCCGUGUGUGGGUUUGAAGACUGCUACAAGAACCAGAACGGGGAUGUGCACCCUCUCCUCCCAAGCGUUUUGCUUCCUCCGGAAGAAAGCAAUAGGAAUGCCAUAGCCGAUUCUCUCAAUAGGCCGGGCAUCGAUAUCAACACCCACCUCAGAAACUAG